AUUUUUUAUCCGCCGAAUAUAGUUGGACUCCAACGAAAUUUGAGCACUUCGUUUGCCAUAGCCAUGUUGGCCUCCUUAUUUUUCCAUAGAGCAAUACUACAGCUGCUGGGAUUAUGGAAGCCUUAUGUCUAUCGAUCGACGAAAUUGAUACAAGAUGGUGAUUAUAUUUUACAACGCCAAAAACUAGUGAGUGCUCCAAAUCCUCCAAAUGCAACAUCUAAAAAAGUAUAUACAAUAGAGUCUACCAAUGUAAAAUUGGGAGACUACUUUCCUCAAUCAGUAAUGCAUGGGGCGCAAAAGUAUGGUGAAUCAGUAAAGUCGUUCCUUCAGCAACUCCUAACGCCAUCAAGUACACAAGUACCAGUAGACGUCUACACUCCAAUGUUCUUUUGCGACCUCAUCAACUUAUUUAAUAUUACAUUCUUCUUCGAUUCAUUUAUGGACAAAGAGGAAAAGCACGGCCUCAUAGGUUUCUUGAUGACAAACAAGGUGCCGAUGUCCUUUAUAGUGACAUUUUUGCUUCAGUUCGGUAUGAUGGUGGUGGACCGAUGGAUAUACAAAGGCAAACGACGAUUCAUCAAGACGCUGUUUCACUUUUUCCAAGUGUUUACGUACCAUAUAUGGUUUUUCAUAAUAUACCCCAUGGUCACCCUUAGAGUGUUCAGUGAGACGCCUGCGGUACAAACCUUCUACGUUACAAAGUGCAUGUACUUUCUGUUUUCGGCCUAUCAGAUAAGAAAUGGAUAUCCCAUGUUAAUAUCAAUGCAUUUCUUGUGGCAUAGAUACACUACAUUUAACAGGUUUGCGUUUAAGUUUUACACUCUAAUCCCAUAUGUUUUUGAACUACGAACUUUGUUGGACUGGACAAUUACCGACACUUGCCUAGGAGUGUCACAAUAUUUCAAAAUGGAGGACAUAACUGAGAAUAUCUAUGAUCAAAUGUGUGAAAGAGAGUUUGAAAAGCUGACGUCCAGUGAGGAAUCAUCGGGUAAAAGAAAGAAAAGGCCGCUGAAGUACGCGUUAGGAUGUCGGUACAGUAGGAGUGACCACGCAUCCACCAAGAAUGAGGCUUAG